CAAUGAUAGUAUCUAUAUCUGUGAAUGAGUGACUUUCUGUAUCAGCUGAUUGAUUUACCUAUUUGAAAAGUUAGUAAGGUUUUAACUAAAAAAGCCUUGCAAAAACAAGACUUUAUUUCACUAUGUAAUAACAAAGUUAUUAUGCGGGAAUUCGGCAAAUUUGGUCCUCUCAUCGGUGCUGUAGAUGAAGGAACUUCAAAUGUCAAGUUUCUGGUGUUUGCAGCAAAUACCUCAGAAGUCCUCACUUACCAUCAAAUAUCAUUGAAAAGAUUUAGUCCCCAAGAAGGCUGGAUAGAACAAGAUGCUUUAGAAAUACUAAACGCGGUAUUAGAAUGCAUCGAGGUGACUAUUGACAAUCUGAGGAAGUUGGAUAUCAACCCGGGGGAUGUUGUGGGGAUUGGUAUUACUAACCAAAGGGAAACUACAAUAGUAUGGAAUUCUGUGACUGGACAACCCCUCUACAGUGCCAUAGUGUGGUUGGAUGUGAGAACCUCAAGCAUCGUAGAUGAACUGAUUAAAGUCAAAGGUGCACAAUGUGUUAAUGCUGUCACACAGACUAGUGGGCUUCCUUUGUCUACAUACUUCUCAUCUGUUAAACUGAAAUGGUUGUUAACAAAUGUAUCUGCAGUGAAGGAUGCGGUCAAAGCUGGAGAAUGUAUGGCGGGCACUGUGGAUUCCUGGUUGAUUUGGAACCUGACCGGUGGCAGCCAUGGUGGAUCUCAUAUAACAGAUGUCACAAACGCUUCAAGAACACAACUAAUGUCACUGAGAAGCCUGAAAUGGGAUAAAGGAUUGUUACGUUUUUUCGACAUACCAUUAGAAAUUCUGCCAAAGAUUAAAAGUUCCGCUGAAAUAUAUGGUUACAUCUCAACUGGAUCCCUGCUUGGUGUUCCUAUUGCUGGGUGUUUAGGAGAUCAACAAGCAGCUCUUGUUGGACAAGGGUGCAUGAGAUUUGGUCAAGUCAAAUGUACUUUCGGUACUGGAUGUUUUUUAUUGUACAAUACAGGAGAUUCAAUAAUUCACUCACAACAAGGUCUCCUGACUACAGUAGCUUAUAAACUGGGCCCAGAUGCGCCGCCGGUCUAUGCUUUAGAGGGAUCUGUUGCCAUUGCAGGUGACACAUUACAGUGGCUGCGAGAUGGUCUGGAGCUUAUAAGUGACGUACAAGAUACGGAGGCAUUAGCUUCAGAGGUCAAUGAUGAUGAUGAAGGAAGCAUUUGUUUUGUGCCAGCAUUUAAUGGGUUAUACUCUCCAUAUUGGAGAAAAGACGCUAGAGGCAUAAUGUGUGGAAUAAGUGCAAAGACACGUCGAGAGCACAUAGUAAGAGCAGCUUUGGAAUCAGUGUGCCAUCAAACUCGAAGUGUGGCGACAGCCAUGGCGGCUGAUUGCGCACCGCUAGGCCGCUUGCUUGCCGACGGCGGAAUGGCACAGAAUUCCCUGCUGAUGCAAAUGCAAGCAGAUAUUCUCGGUAUUCCAGUGAUUCGGCCGCUCAUGAUGGAAAGUACAGCUCUGGGAGCAGCAAUAGUGGCGGGCCGAGCACUGCGAGUGUGGCCAACGUCUACUCCGAGUCCACCAGCCGAUACUUUUAUACCAGCGACUACUUCUGAAGAACGCGACAUCAGACGCGUCCGAUGGGAAGAGGCUCUAAGCAAAUGUUUAGCAUGGACUUCAGAUGGAAGCGAAGAGAAGGAAAAGUUAUGCCCUGAUGAAACAGAUCGUACAACAGCAGUGAUACCCCCUGGUCUGUUCUUCAUUGGCACAGCCCUUCUAGUGAUAAUAGCAGAUAAAUUAAAAGUUAUCUAAUCAAGGGAAUUCAAUUCCCAGCCAUUACCAAGUCAUUAGUAGAACAAUUCUGUAUACCUCCAAAGUUAGUUGUAAAGUAUUAAUUUAUUAUAGCUGAAUUGUUAAUUAAUUGUUGUCACAAUAAUAAAAGCCGUUACUAAAUA